UAUCUUUUCCAAAGUUCCAGAAAAACUAUUGAAGGCCAAAGCCUAAUUGUGCGUUUCCAUUUAAACUCUCCCGCUUUCCCUCUGCCUACUAGAUUUCUGCGAGCCUUUGGGUUACCAUAACAACACUUUUAUCAAAACAUAACCUAGACCGAUUGACGGGCUAGUGAUCGAUUUUUAAACUACGUGAUUUUUCCGUAAUGAAAGAGAUGCGCAUGUUCUUUGAGAAAACAUUUAAUUUUCAUCUGACAGGAGUUUCAUAAUUUCAUGAUUGAAGCUAGUGUCAUUCAUUCAAUACUGUAUACCUCCCUAAAACAAACCGGCCAAGGAAAUGUCUACCGACGCCAGGAAAAUAUUUAUCCUUACAACAUCAGGAAACUAUUUCGACAAACCAUUGUCAGACUCUGAAAUUGUUACUUUGGGUGCCGAUGUCAAUCUAAACAAAUUCCUAGAUGAUAGACACUGUUUAACGUUGAACGUUAAAUUGUCUGGGCACAGUUUCAGUUUCAGUGAUGUGGUGUCUUCAGGGGAUGGGGCAACACUGGUGUUCUUUAAACUACGACCAGAUGUUGUGACCCCUCAAAAUAUGCACAGUAACAUUCUUGUGUCAUCAAUGCUUGACUCUCCUGUGUCGGUCCUCUAUCAUUCAUUACAGAAGCUAUAUGCCCCAGUUCUUUUGAAGAAUUUGCAAUCUGACCACAUUGAUCCUACACUUCAACAACUUUUAAGUCAGCUGGAAGCUAGUCUUCGUUCCUCAUUAAAUAAGAAAAAUCACAAUGAUGGAGGAAAGGGUGAUGAACCCAAUGUGACUGUCAUUAUCACUCCAGAAGAUGAGUUAAAGUACUGGGCUACAUUGGCUCAAUCCUCAAAUAAAGGAAAAGAUUCAAUUAAGGCAUCAGCCUUUUUUAGUGCUCUUCAGCCGCUUGUUCAAGACCUUCAGUCUACAGACACAUUAACAUCUUUAGAGGAAAGUUUAGAAACAGCACACAAUGCUUUGGAUGAUAUUUGGAAACUAGAUGAAUUUCGAUAUCCUCAAAAGAGAAUGGAGAACUUAAUGGAAGUCAUUGGAAAUUCUAUUACUCAAUUCAUACAGACCAAACUGAAAGAUAUUGAUUUGUGGGAAGCACCUUUCAACAUUGUAGAGGAAAGCUUGGACCAAAGUGUUGCUGCUUGUGAAAAGUGGAUUGAUACGUGCAAGAAACUAACUUCCCUGUUUUGGCCUAACUAUUCACUGCAUGCAUGGAGUGGAAACCCGUAUAUUCCUCAGCACAUUCAAGCUUUCUCUAAACGCUUGGUAGAAGUCCAAGAAAUACGGACUCUCCAUCGCCAAUUGACAAGAUUGCUUUCAAGACAGGAGCAGGAUGAGUUGAAUACUAAUAGAACUUUCCUGCCUUUACAAGGACUAAGUCCACUCCUUGUUAAUCCAUAUACUGAACCUUUAUGGAGAGCAGCUGUUCAUCAGUUUCAGCAAAGUUUGCAUCCAACUGAAGAAAGGGUUGCAUCAAAGUUAAAGAUCCAGCUUCGAAGUGUUAAUGCCAACACAUUACAGUUGCUUCAAGAGUUCAAGCGAUACCAAGAGCUAAUUCAACUUGAUAAUGUGAAGAGAACAUUGGUUCCAGAAAGAGAAAAUCUUCUCAGCUUACUUUUAGAGUAUGUUCACAGUACAACUUCUAGUUUUAGGACAGGUCCAAAGAGUAGUGAGAUAUUGGACUUGCCUCCUAUUGUGAGCAAUAUUUAUUGGGCCCGGCAACUAGAAUAUAAGCUGAACGAAAUUGAAAAGGCAAGUUUUAAGAUAUUAAGUGAUUUAAGUGCUUUCACAGAUCUCCAAAGAUCAUUGACGUCCCUGAGCAAAGAUGUACAAGAGUAUCGAAGUAAGCAGUGGGAUGCUUGGCUUGAUGAUACAAGAGCUGCAGUGUCAUCCAAAAGGUUGAGCCUGCGAACUGAUGAACCUGUUGUUCACUUUGAACAAGGCAAACUCAUGCAUGUCAAUUACAAUCCAGAAUUAGUGGGCCUAAUUCGGGAGGUCCGUCAUCUUUCUCUUCUUGAUUACAAAAUUCCAGUUGCCAUUAUGGAGGCAGCUGAUCUUGCUAAGCAGUUCAUGCGUCAAGCAAAGUCCUUGCAACAGGUGGCAAAUUUUCACAACACCAUAGGGGAUCGAAUGAUAACAUCACAACGACCAAUGAUGCUUGCCACAGCAUUGGAACUAGCACGUCUUGUUCAAGAACAGUCUGGAGUUACAUGGACUAACACUGUGGCAGUAGAUGCAUACAUUAAUAAGCUUCAAACUGUAGUUCAGAAACUUGGUAGAGAGAAUAACAAACUAGCUUCAUACCACGCACAAAUAUCUUCUAAGGUUGUUUCUCUUCUUGACACUGACCUUAUUAGGCAGCAACAGUCAUGGAAAGAGAUUUUAAAAGAAAUCAGAGGAAUAAUGGCUCAAGUGGAACAGGAGUUCAGCAAUAUGCGCUCAUGGCGUCUUCACUGGGACCAUCAAUUGUACAAGGCUCUUGAGUUCCAGUAUCAAUCGGGUCUGGAGAACUUGAAUCAACAUCUUAGUGAAAUACAAGUAGAACUUGUUUAUCGGCAGCAAAUUCUACAAUUUCGGCCACCCUUAGAAGAGAUACGAAUGAAGUACUACGGACAAUUAAAGCGUUACCUUAACAUUCCAAAUGUGUUUAGGGGAGUCUCAGAAACUGGAGAAAGCUCUAUCUUUACUGUGAUGAUUGAAAGAAAUGCUCAUCAUUUUUCUGAUGUAUUUGCCAAGGCAGAGGAACUUUUUGAAAGACUUGAAGCAUUAAGAGAAAGGUGGAUACCUUGGGUGGCUCUCGGGGCAGCUCCCUUGCAGCAACUAGUUGAGCAGCACCUGCAUAGUUGGCAAGAUUGGGACAACAAUUUUAAAGCAUCUAAAAAUUGGGGUCAACAAAUUGCCAAGCUGCCAAGUUCUGAUGAAAAAUUGGAGUGCUUCAGCAUUUCCCUAGCGCCUGUGAGAGCAGAAAUUGAUCUUCAGAAUCGACAUUAUUGGGACACAUUAACAAGUUCUCUUCAAGCCUCAAUUUUUAGUGAAGUGGCUGCAGUUGAAAAGUUUAUCAAUGAUUCAACAGAGGCUCUAUCUAAGCAGCCUCGUUCUGUUGAUGAAAUUGGGGAAGCCAAAGCUACUUACACUGAAAUAUUUAACAAAUCCUCACAGAUGAUCGUCUCUUUAGAGGAAAUACUACAAAAAAAUAAAACCCUUGCUAGUUGGACCAAGGAGAGGGUGGAACAAGUUGUUCGAGUGACUCGAAGCUGGGACAAUUUCCAGACGCUUUUGAACAACCAUCAGGUCUUUUUAGAUCAACAGGUAGAAGGGAUUAAAAACACAAUCAAAAGUCAAGUAGACAGUUUUGAAGAGGAAGUGGAGAAUUUUGGUUUGAGAUGGGAACAAUUAAAACCAAAGGAAACAAGUUUGAUGGAUGGAGGACCACAGCUAUUAACUCAAAGUCUUACAUUUUUGCAAGAAAAGCGCCAGGAAUGGAAUGAAAUCUUGAAGCGUAAAGAGAAAAUGGUUGAUGACUGUAAGCUUUUCAGCUUGCCCAUCCCUGAGUUUCUAGUUCUUCAGAAAGUUGAAGAAGACUUACUAUAUCAUGAAAAUAUCUGGUCAUUGUUUGAGGAAUUUAACUCUGGCAUUGAAACUAUGGCAAAGGAGGAAUGGAUAAUUUUUCGUAGCAAGAUUUAUCGUUUUGAGGAAUUAUUGAAUGUUUGGGAGGUACGCCUCAAGUCCAGCCCAGAAAAGACAAGUCUCACUGUUCGUCUCUUGCAAGAUGUUGAAAAAUACAAGGCAGUUGUACCCUUAUUAAAGUUAGUGAGGGGUGACAUGUUCAGUGAUAAACACUGGAUUGAGAUGCUCGGAAUUUUGAGUAUUCCAUCAAAGCCUGUUGAAGGUUUGGUGUUUGGAGACUUUCUAUCUGCUAAAGAAAAUAUCAUUUCUCAAGCACAAGCUUUGCAAGAUCUCAAUAAUCGGGCAUCUAGUGAAAUUGUUAUCCGCCAAGCCUUAACAGAACUUGACAUUUGGGAAGUUGAAGCCCGGUUUCAACUUGUUGCCCAUCGAGAUUCGAGAGGUUCCACUGUCAUGCUUAUCAAGGACUUCCAGGAUAUUCUGAAUAAGGUUGGAGAUAACCAAAGUUUACUACAAUCUAUCAAAAACUCCUCUAACUAUGAUAGUUUUAAUGACAGAGUAGCUGUGUGGGAGGCAAGACUUGCUGACAUUGAUUAUUUUCUACGCAAUCUGAAUCAAAUUCAGCGAAAAUGGGUUUAUCUUGAGCCAAUCUUUGGUGGGGGAGCUGUAGCUGUGGAUGGAGCUAGAUUUGAUCGCCUGGACCGAGACUUUCGCUAUGUCAUGGGCUGUGUUGGAAAUGACAGCAAAGUUACUGCUUUGUGCAGAAUCAGUAAUUUACACCAUAUACUGACAACUGUUCUGGAUCAGCUCAAUCGUUGUCAGAAGAGCUUGAAUGAAUACCUGGAGGAGAAGCGAUCUAGUUUUCCUCGUUUCUACUUCGUUGGAGAUGAAGAUUUAUUGGAAAUACUGGGACAAUCACGCAAACAAAAUGUCAUACAAGCUCAUCUUAAGAAGCUAUUUGCUGGCAUUAACUCUGUUGUUUUUGAUGGCACAGGGGAAAAUGAUGCAUUAUGUAUCAUUGGUAUGAAGUCUCUGGAUGGAGAAAUGGUACCUCUCACCAACCCAGUUGACAUCACUGUUCCAGUUGAGGUUUGGCUGCAGAAAUUAUGUUCUGAAAUGCGUAAAACUUUACACCAUCUUACAGUAGAGUGUGUUAAGUCUAACAAAAAUUCUAGUGGAGGUCCAGAUCCCCUCCACUUCCCAUCACAAGUUUUGUGCCUGUCUCAGAGCAUAAUAUUUACUGCUCAAUGUGAAGAAGCAAUCCUAAAGGGCACAUUACAUUCACUAUUACAAUCAAUCAAGGCUCAACAAGAUGUGUAUGCCAAUGUUGAGUUGUCAGGCUUUAGUGAGGGAAAUGACGAUGAAGGGCGUAUUCUUGAGUUAAAACAGAAAGCUCUUCUGAUAGAUAUAGUUCAUCAUGUCCAUGUUGUUGAAGAUCUUAUAGAAUCCAACACAUCCAGUCUUGAAGAUUGGUCUUGGCAGCAACAACUAAGAUUUUACAUGGGGAAGGACAAUCAUGUUCUCAUAAAAAUGGUGGAUGCUCAAUUCACCUAUACCUAUGAAUACCUCGGCAAUUCGCCAAAAUUAGUUCAUACUCCAUUAACCGACAAGUGUUUCCUCACUCUAACUCAGGGUAUGCAAAUGGGCCUCGGUGGCAAUCCUUAUGGACCAGCUGGCACUGGCAAAACAGAGUCUGUCAAGGCACUUGGUUCACUUCUUGGCAGGCAAGUUUUGGUUUUCAAUUGUGAUGAAGGCAUAGAUGUAGUGUCCAUGAGCCGAAUCUUUGUUGGACUUGUCAAAUGUGGGGCUUGGGGAUGCUUUGAUGAGUUUAAUCGACUAGAAGAAGCCACUUUAUCAGCUAUAUCAAUGCAAAUUCAUCCUAUUCAAAGUGCCAUUAAGAAUCGUCAUCCCAAAGUUACAAUUUUGGAUCAGGAGGUCCAACUUGACCUGAACGCUGGUAUAUUUGUGACUUUGAACCCAGCAGGAAAAGGUUAUGGAGGAAGACAAAAACUACCAGAUAACUUAAAGCAAUUGUUUAGACCUGUUGUCAUGUCAAAGCCAGACAAUGAGCUUAUUGCUGAAGUUAUCCUAUAUUGUGAGGGUUUCAAAAAUGCCAAGUCAAUUGGGAAAAAAUUGGUUGAGGUCUUUGAUCUUUCCAAGAAACUUUUGACUCCUCAGAAACACUAUGAUUGGGGUUUGCGAGCGCUGAAAACAGUCCUUGGAGGUUGUGGAAGUAUGCUCCGAAAUUGGUGGAGCAUAUAUAGCAAUGCUGAUGUAAGAAGUGAUGUUGUUCUAUCUAGAGAAACAGAGAUGGAACUUGCUGUACAGGCAUUACGGCUCAACACUCUAUCAAAGCUCUUGUUCAGAGACUGUGUAGUGUUCGAUGCUUUAGUUCAGGAUGUAUUUCCAGGUAUAAAGUUUGUGAGCUCUGGGCAUGAAAAGUUAGCCACAGUUCUUAAAGAAAGUUUUUUAGCUCUUGGUCUCCAAUAUAAUAAAAGACAGGAACAAAAGUGUAUUGAGCUAUAUGAACAGCUAAAUCAGCGAAUGGGAGUGGUAGUUGUGGGCCCUGCAGGAUCAGGAAAGACGACUUUAUGUCGGCUUUUAAAACAUGCUCUGGGUCAACUCGGUCAGAUAAUUCAUCAGCACACAGUAAACCCCAAAGCAAUGCCACGAUCACAAUUACUUGGUCACAUUGAUUUAGAUACUCGUCAAUGGGUGGAUGGAGUUUUAACAAUAAGUGCUCAAAGAGUGUAUUCUGAACCAGCUGAAAUUCAUUCAUGGAUUGUUUGUGAUGGUGAUGUUGAUCCUGAAUGGAUUGAAUCACUAAAUUCUGUGCUGGACGAUAACAGGCUACUUACUUUACCCUCUGGUUGGCGCAUACAAUUUGGACCAAAUGUUAACUUUAUUUUUGAAACUCAUGACUUAAGUUAUGCUUCACCAGCAACAAUAUCUCGCAUGGGCAUGAUUUUACUCAGUGAUGAAGACAUAGAUAUCAAAGGCUUGAUAUCAAUGUGGUUGACUCAUCAGCCUGAAAAAUGUCAAACAGUUCUCGCUCAACUUAUUGAAGAUUAUUUCCAUAAAGCUUUGAAAUGGGUUCUGACGCAAGGUGAAUCUACUUUACAAAAUUCUGUAGUAUCACGUGUGAAAACUAGUUUAUCUCAUUUAGUAGGAGUCGAAAAUGCUCCCCAGUUUAUGGUGUCAUUAAUUAGAGGUCUUGGCUCUAACCUCAUGAUUUCUAACAGAGAGUUGUUUGCUAAACAAGUCUUUGAGUGGUUUGGUGAAUACCCCUUAGAUCCUACCAACAUCCUGAACUGUUGCUACAGUUCUGAAAGGGGAAGAUUGGAGACUUACACAAUGGAAGGAGCAUCUGAUAUUGGAGUUACUGCUCAAUCUCUCCCCUUGGUACUCACAGCUAAUGUCAAAUUAACUCUUAGUAUCCUGUCUGUUUGGCUUCAACAAGAGCGUUUAGAACCUUUUAUUUUAGUGGGGCCUCCUGGAUGUGGCAAAAGUUACAUACUGAAUGAAUGUUUCCAACAACUAAGAGGUGUUGAGGUUGCCACAAUCCAUUGUAGUGCACAAAUUACUCCUCAACAUGUUUUGCAGAGAAUAAAUCAGGUGUGUAUGGUAAUUUCAAGUAACACAGGUCGAUUGUACCGCCCAAGAAAUGCUGAAAGACUUAUUCUGUAUUUCAAAGACAUAAACCUGGCAAAACCUGACAAAUGGGGCUCAAGCAUGCUUAUCGCAUUUUUACAGCAGUUGAUAACAUAUCAUGGCUUUUAUGAUUCUGAUUUGGAGUGGGUGGGUUUGGAGAGGGUUCUAAUUGUUGGUAGUAUGACAGGAGGAAUAGGCCGCAAUGCACUUUCCACGAGAUUCACUUCAAUAGUACAUGUUUACUCCAUUGGGCUCCCAGAUACAGAUGAAUUAAAAUCCAUCUAUAAUCUUUACAUGAAAGCAAUAUUUAAACAAUGUGUACCUUCACACCCUGUGUGGUCUGCAUCAAGUAAAGUAGCAACACUUGUGAAUUCACUAAUUCACAUCUAUUCAGAGGUGUGCUCUACUUUUACUCCCAUGAAACAAAAUCACUAUUUGUUUACACCCAGGGAUUUAACACAAUGGUGUUUAGGUCUUUUACGCUAUGAUUUGCAGCCUUCUGACACAUCUGUUGUUCCCGUAUUAAAGGUCACUGUUCAUGAAGCUAUGCGUAUUUUCUCUGAUAAACUUGUAUCAGAGUCUGACAAAGCCAAAUUUCAUGAUAUAGUCUCUGCUGUUCUGGACAGUGAUUGGAACAAGUCUGUUCUUUUAGAUCAGCUUUGUGGAACUUACUUUGUCACACUGGGUCAAGGAGCUGUAGGACCAAGCAAAACCACACACGGCAGAUUGUUAUGUCAAGUUAAUGCGGAUGACUGGACUGCAAUGGUUAAGAAUGGAAUGAACAUAUUCGGUCGCGAAGGCUUAGCUUUGGAUCUGCUUAUAUUACCUGAGCUACUUCAGCAAGUAGCUUGUGUUGAUAGGGUGCUUUCUGCACCAAGGGGCUCACUUCUUUUAGCAGGGAGGAGCGGAGUUGGGCGUAAAUCAUCUGUUCGUAUUGCAUCUGCUACACAUGGCAACAAACUUUUGUCUCCAAAAGUUGGUCGAAAUUACACUUUGAACAGUUUCAAAGUUGAUUUAAAACAGGCUAUGCAAGCUGCUGGCAUUGAUGGAGAACAGGUGACUCUGCUGCUAGAAGAUUAUCAGCUGGGAGAUGUUGCUAGCGGUUUUCUUGAUAUGGUCAAUAGCUUACUUUCAUCAGGAGAGGUUCCUGGUCUUUAUCAACCAGAAGAAUUGGAGUCGGUUGUGACUCCUCUUCGCAACCUGGCUGCCCAAGAAGACUUUCAGGGAUCCUUGUUAACUUUCUUCUCUGAUAGAGUUCUUCAAAACCUUCACAUUGUUUUGGUUCUGGACUUUUCACGAUCUACCUUCACUACCCUUUGUGAGAGCAACCCAGCAUUAUACAAACAGUGCUCUGUAAUGUGGUGGUCUGACUGGAGCAGUAAAAGUAUGCAAUGUAUACCCCAGAUGCUGCUUCAAAGAGAUGAUAAAUCAGUGCAAAUUCAAAGUGAAAUGAGAACCAAAGAAAAGAUUCAGAAUCUAAUUUCUCAAAAAUUGAGCCAAGAGGAGUCUUUACUCAAAGGGUUCUUGUAUAUUCAUCAAGCUGCGAGUAACCAACAAAGGACCCCAUUGCGAUACAUUCUUUUUGUGCGCACAUUCCUUCACAUCUACAUCACAUCUAGCCUUGACAUCCACCAGAGACAAGAAAAGUUGCAGGCUGGCGUAUCUAAACUGACUGAAGCUAAGCAAGUGGUAGCCAAACUCAAAUCAGAAGCUAAUGUGCAAGAGGAGCUGUUGGCUGAAAAGCAAGCUGCUGCAAACAAUGCUUUGGAAAUGAUUACUGAUACCAUGCGAAGUGCAAAUACUCAAAAAACUGAAAUGGAGUCAUUAAAGGAACACACAGAGAAAGAAAACCAGAUCCUGAUGGCAAGGAAAAGAGAAAUAGAAGAAGAGCUUGUUGAAAUCGAGCCCUUGGUGAAUGAGGCGCGGACAGCAAUUGGUAAUAUUAAAACUGAGUCUCUCUCUGAAAUCCGUUCCUUACGAGCCCCACCUGAUGUCAUUAGAGACAUUCUCGAAGGAGUUCUUCGCCUGAUGGGUAUACUAGACACAUCAUGGAACAGUAUGAAAAUCUUUCUAGCUAAGCGUGGAGUAAAAGAAGAUAUAAAAUCUUUUGAUGCACAUAGUAUAUCUGAGGAAAGCAGAGCUGCUGUUGAGCAGCUCUUGAGAGAUCGCAAGGAAUCAUUUGAUCCCAAGAAUGCCAAACGCGCGUCAGUAGCGGCUGCUCCUUUAGCAGCAUGGGUGACAGCAAAUGUCAAAUACUCCAGAGUAUUGGAAAAAAUUCGUCCUCUGGAGCAGGAGCAAGCAAAGUUGCUAAAAAAUUUACAACAGGCUGAGUCUCAAAUAGGAAAGUUGAGGUCAGGUCUAACAGAUGUUGAUCAGGCAGUAGCUGAACUCAAAGGGCAGCUCAAUAGCUACACGCAAGAGGCAGCACAGAUUCAAAUUCAUUUGAGCAAAGCUCGUGAAACCAUAGAUUCUGCUGAAGGGCUGGUGCUAAAAUUGGAUGAAGAAUAUAAACGAUGGAAAACGAUGCUGACUGAAAUAUCAUCAAAUUUGGGUGAACUUCCCGUCAGUUCUCUUCUUGCUGCAGCAUGUAUAGUCUAUCUUUCAUCAUCACCUGAAAAUGUUCGCAAGUCUUGUCUGGAGGAAUGGCAACAAAAGUUUGGAAUAUCCAAUUUUCAUUUGGCUCAGUUUUUAGCCUCUCAAAGACAGCAGCUCCAGUGGCAAGCUGAGGGACUACCAUCUGAUCAACUCUCAAUCCAGAAUGCUGUCACCAUAAUGCAGAUUGCCUCUUUGGAGUGUGGGACCAUGAUGCGACCAUUGCUGGUGGACCCUUCUUACACUGCAUCUGAAUGGCUGCAGAGACAUCUUGCUAGCCGAAUGGUUGAAGUUGUGGCAUUACAUAGUGAAAGGUUUACCACUGUUCUCGAAUUGGCGAUCAGGUUUGGAAAGGUAUUGAUUGUCCAAGAAGUGGAUCGAGUAGAUCCAUUGUUGUAUCCUGUCUUAAGAGGCGACUUCAUCAAUCAAGGUCCUCGAAAGGUUGUACAGCUUGGAGAGAAACUGGUUGAUUUUAAUCCUGAUUUUCAACUUUACCUCACAACUAGAAAUGUCUCACCCGAUAUCCCUCCUGAUAUCUUUUCAUCAAUCACCCUUGUAAAUUUCAUCACCUCUCCAGCAGGGCUUUCUGGUCAGCUUUUAGCUUGUGCACUGUGUGCUGAGCGUCCUGAAUUGGAUAAGCGUAGAGGGGAACUUCUACGACAAGAAGAAGAACUUUCAGCGCAACUACAUACUCUUCAAGAUGGGUUGCUGCAACAGCUUGCCCAAGCGCAAGGAGAUAUUUUACAGAAUAAGGAACUGUUAGCCUCUCUUAAUGAAACAAAAGCUAAAAGUGCUGCAAUUUCUGAGUCUCUAGAAGAAUCAUCUCGUUUGCAGUCAGAGCUUAGAAAGGAAUGUGAUGCAUAUAGGCCACUUGCAGAUUUUGGUAGCUCUUUGUACUUUGCAACUGUCGAUUUAGAAAAACUAAGCUCUAUUUAUCAACUCUCUAUUACUGCCUUUAUGAGGCUCUUUGAGAAAGCUUUGAAGACAUCUGAGGACACAAAGAAUAUGGAAGAGCGUCAAAAGAAUUUACAGCAAAGACUUUUGCUGUUAACCUUCCAAUAUGUCAGCCGCUCCCUUUUCAAAGCUGACAGGCUUACAUUUGCUUUACAUCUCACAAAUAAAAUGUGUCCCAAUAACUUUAAAACCAAUGAAUGGGAAGCACUUACAGGGCAAGUCUUGGUGGAUUUAAAAGUUGACACUUCACAAUUAAGUGAUAAUGUCCCUAAAUGGCUGGAGGAGGACAAGGUUUUUGAAGUGUUUUUACUUCAGAAUGCUCUGCCAGACUUCUAUGCUGAUCUAAAACUAGAAGACGAAAAUGCUUGGAAAAAUUUUAUGCUCAGUGAAAAUUGCGAGCAAAUGCUUCCAACACAUGUGUCUGGGAAAAUCACUCCAUUUCAAAGAGUUUUACUGGUGCAAACUUUACGCCCAGAUCGUUUACAUUCAGCACUCAUGAGCUUUGCACUGUCAAGCCUUGGUGUUGUGGAUCUCUCUCCUCCUACUCUUCGUCUCUCUCAACUUCUUAAUGAGCUGUUGUCAUCAGAGCCAAUUCUGUUAAUAACCUCAGCUGGUGCAGAUCCAUCUGAAGAGUUACGAACACUGGCUUAUUCAACUGUUGGGGAACAACGGUAUCAUGAGAUUGCAAUGGGACAGGGACAAGAAGGAAAGGUCCUAGAAAACCUGUCUUUAGCUGCAAAAGAUGGCCAUUGGUUAUGCAUUAAAAAUUUGCACUUAGCUACUCUUUGGUUGGAGACUCUGGAAAAAGAAUUUCGCUCAUUGCUUUCCCAACUGCAUCCAGAGUUUCGUCUCUGGCUCAUCACAGAGACGCAUCCAGGAUUUUCUCCAAUUGUUGCUCAAUCAUGCUUAAAGAUCACUUAUGAGGCUCCUCCAGGAGUGAAACGAAACCUGCAACGAACUUAUGCUGCAUGGGGGCCACAAAUGUUCAAUGGAACUGAUCGCUUGUUUGCUCGAUCACUGUUUGCUCUUGCCUGGUUCCAUGCUGUUAUCCAAGAAAGGCGAACAUUCAUACCUCAAGGAUGGGCAAACUAUUAUGAAUUUAGUGAUGGUGAUUUAAAGGCCGGCACCCUGAUUCUUCAAAGUUUAAUCAAGAAAAAGGGUUCUCAAUCUGUGCAGUGGGAAUUUAUACAUGGACUUAUGGAAAAGGCCAUUUAUGGUGGCAGAGUUGACAAUUUUUAUGACAAUUGUGUUCUUGUUUCUUAUUUGCAACAGUUCUUUAACAAGUCAGUCUUACAUGAAGGUUCGAAAUUGAUUAGUGAAGGAAUACAUGUUCCCAACACUUCAGAUUUCAAUGACCACUGUAAAAUAAUCCAGCAGUUAUCUGAAAAAGACAAGCCUUCCUACUUUGGCCUUCCAAACAAUGUUGAUCGGUCAUGGCAAAGAGCAUCAAGUACUGUAGUUGUGAAUCAGUUGAAAAUGCUUUUACGAUCAAAGGAAGGAGAACAAAAAUUUGACAAGGAGGAGUGGCAACGCCUACUAUCGCCAAUUUUAAACUUGUGGAAAAAAAUUAAUCAAAAUUCGGGUUUGAUUCAUUUGCGGCUUGACUCAAAGGAAAUGACUGAAAAAGAUAGUAUGGCAAAGAGUCCAUUAGAAAUUUUUGUGAUGCUUGAAUUCCGUAGGGCAGUUGAGCUUGUACAACUUGUUCACCAGUCUUUGGCAGCUGUAAGCAAAGUCAUAAGAGGUACGUCAGUACCAAAUUCAGAUGCUUUAGCCACAGCAGGAGCAUUAAUUAACCAAGAGACCCCUUCCUCAUGGCAAGCGCAAUGGGAUGGUCCUGGGAGUCCCCUGCACUACGUACGGGGUUUGGUAACAAGGGCGGUAGCUCUCCAGCGCUGGAGAGACAAGGCCCUGGAGGAGCGGUUCUGGAGAGAUGCCCUCGAUUUGGCCGAUCUACUCCACCCGGACACUUUUCUUAGUGCUCUAAAACAGCAGACGGCCCGCGAAUUGCAAACUCCUUUGGAUCAGCUUACCCUGGAUUGCAACUGGACGGAACCGAUCGGAAGGGGUCGCAACGUCCGACUCUCUGGAAUACAGCUUGAGGGGGCAAUUUGGAAUGGUAGGGAGUUGAGUAGCUGCACUGAGAGCUCGCCACCGUCCAUGGCGAUCCCAUCACUUUAUGUCGCCUGGGUUCCUCAGCAAAUGCAAUCCAAGAUUGAUGAAGACUUGAAAAUGCAACUCCCCUUGUACCGGACUGCAGAUCGUCACACAUUAUUGGCAAGCCUUGGAGUGCCAUGCAACCAAGAUAAGCAGCUAUGGAUUCGGGCAGGUGCUGCAUUCUUUCUGCACAAUUAAUAUGACUAGCCACAUUAAAUUUACAAGUUUAGUGCACAUGUAGCCCACAAGGUUUGAGAUUGUGACCAAGAUUCACUGUCAUUGAAACAAAAUUAAAGUUAUUCUAAAAUAACAACUUUUUAUUUUACUUCUAUACCUGAGUAGUUCCAGGUCACACAUCUGACAAGACCCGUAAAAUUCCUGAAUUCAAUCACAGGUUAAGAGGGAUAUUAAACAAAAAUUGAAAAA